UCCCCACAUCAUUAUCGUGCCCAACACUAAUCAUUACCAUCUUCCUUCAUUUCUUUUCCCUUUUUUAAAUCUGGAAUUUUGAUUGUGUUUUCACUCCAAAUCUAUACAUCCAAUACCACCCAUACCAUACCCAUCUACCAAUCUUUCCUUUCAACAGAAAUAGUUUGAUCAGAGCCUUUUUAUUUCAGCAGCAACAGGAAAUGGCCAAAAGGUAUGGAAGGUUUUGAUGUACGACGAGUGCCAUGUCUCAGUGCUUAGAAGGGAUCAAGCAUUUAUGUGCUUCCCUGCUUUACUGCUGCGAUUUUGAAUUGAGUAAACAGUCGCAGGGGCUUGAUGAUCCCGCAGUUCUUGCUAGCCAGACAGUUUUUAGUGUAAGUGAAAUCGAAGCGCUUUACGAGCUGUUUAAGAAGAUAAGUAGUAGUGCAGUCAACGAUGACGGGUUAAUCAAUAAGGAAAAGUUUCAGUUGGCAUUGUUUAAGACCAAUAAAAAGGAGAGCUUGUUUGCUGAUCGGGUGUUUGACUUGUUUGACACAAAGCAUAAUGGAAUUUUGGGAUUUGAAGAGUUUGCUCGUGCACUCUCGGUGUUUCAUCCGAAUGCCCCUAUUGAUGAUAAGAUCAACUUUUCCUUUCAGCUUUAUGAUCUUAAGCAGCAAGGUUACAUAGAGAGACAAGAGGUGAAACAGAUGGUGGUGGCUACGCUUGCCGAAUCAGGGAUGAACCUGUCAGACGAGGUUAUAGAGAGCAUCAUCGACAAGACUUUUGAAGAAGCCGACACGAAACACGACGGGAAAAUCGAUCAAGAAGAGUGGAGAAACCUUGUCCUGAGACACCCUUCUCUUUUGAAGAACAUGACAUUGCAAUACCUAAAGGACAUCACGACGACAUUCCCAAGCUUUGUUUUUCACUCGAGGGUCGAGGAUAUGUAAAAGGCACGGUUUAUUUGUUUACUUUUUGCAAGCUACUAGUUUGUCGAGUUAUGGCUUCAUUCUUGUUUCCAAGUGCAUAAACAUCACAUAUUGUUUGUUGCUUCAUAGAAAUUUGUAGACCUUUAGACAUGAAAUAAGAAAUUUGUUUUUGUGCUCUUGUGGCUUA